UCUGGCUUGAUUUCUCUCCUUAUCUGGUGACGCUGGAGCUGCUACUAUAAAUCGUGCGCUACUGCUGGCGAGACCGCGGUUUAAUCCGGUUACCUGAGUACAAGUUUGGGAGACUUUAAUCAUCUCGAUCCGCUGCGAUGCUGGGAACUGUUGCACGCCAACUUAAAAGCCACCCAGCCCUCAUCCCCCUUUUCGUCUUCAUUGGGGGCGGGUGCACAAUGUCUUUGGGUUACCUGGCCAGGCUGGGAAUCCGUAACCCUGAUGUCUGCUGGGACAAAACGAACAACCCAGAGCCCUGGAACAAACUGGGGCCCACCGAUCAGUACAAGUUCUACGCAGUGAACAUGGACUACAGCAAACUGAAGAAGGACAGGCCUGACUUCUAAAGCGGCGUUAUUCAGGGAAGCCUCCUGCUACACUGCUGCACCAAAGGCUUGAGUAAACAACUAAAAAAGAAAAACUAUAGAAGCAUUUCGCACACUGUUCUCCAGUGUCCCUUUCCCUGCCACGACAUAAGCAAAGAGGCUAACCGCACAAUUUUGUCUCUGCUCAUUUGUUGAGUCCCCUUUUUUUAAAUCUAUUUGGGCUACGACCUCCUUGUACUUUCUCAUUCUUUAUGGUUGUCUACAGCAAAACAAUAAAGGAGUCUUAUCUCCCUUGUACAGAGAAAAA